AGAGCAGAAGGCCCACAGGAGCUCCUGGCUGCAGUGCUGACCGAGAUGGCCCCUCCCUAAAGGAACCUGACUCUGCAUACCUCUAGCUCUUAGAACCACUGGCAGCCUCUGACUUAUGAUCUCACUCUUCAUUCCAAGGCCAGCCGCUGUGGCUGUAUCUCUUUUCCUCCAAGGUCUCUGAGUCUCUUUUCCCAACCUGCUCCACAAGACCAGUUAUCCAUGACAUAACCUCAAGUCCUUUUCUUGGCAAUGACCUCAGUCGGUAAGGGCCGCAAGAUCUCGGCCGGCAAUGACCACAAGACCAUGGUCAUCAAUUGCCACAGGAUCUCAGUUGGCUGUGACCACGGGACCAUGGUCAACGACGGCCUCAGGACUACAGUCGGCAAUGACCACAGGAACACGGUCACCAAGGACCACAGGACCUCGGUCGGCAAUGACCACAUGACCAUUGUCAACGACGGCCUCAGGGCCUCAGUUGGCAAUGACUACAAGGUCAUUGUCACCAAUGACUACAGGACCACGGUUGGCAAUGGCUACAGUGCCACGGUCUACAAUGACAGUCAACGAUGACCACAGAACCACAGUCAGCAGUGGAGACCUGAAGUCCUUUUCUGCUGUGUAAAGAAGCAAGCAUGGAUUCUAGCAUUGAGGCCCAGCUCCCAAGUGACAGUGUCCAGGCCAGCCAUCAGAGAUGCAGAUUCCAGCCCAGGCUGCCAGAAGCCGGCCACCACUAAGCAAGCACAUCGCUCCUUCUGAACUUCAGUGCCCCUUCUCCGAAACAGAUUAGGACCCACCACACCAACCAACCACUGUAAGAACCAACUAAAAUGCCCUUGAAAGUCCUGUCACGUGGAGGCUGAGGUCCCCUCCCAGUGGCCCAUGUCCUGAGUAAAGAUAAUGUCAUAAGGGCUGUUGCUAGCCCAAUG